AUGGUUAAUUUGAUUGAUAGCAAGGGUCAAGCUAUCCCUUGUAGAGCAUUUCUGGACUGUGGUGCUCAGACAAAUCUGAUUUCGCACGAAAUGUACCGCAAGUUGGGUUUAGAAGGUUUAUCAGUCAAUAUCGAUGUCCUUGGUGUUAGCAAUGCUCGUUUCAAGGUCAAUCGACUUGAUACAGUAAAAAUGAACUCGCAACAUACUGAUUAUGAAACAAACUUGAAGUGCCUAGUUGUUCCCAGAAUCACUAGUCAUCUGCCGUGUAGAUCCAUCGAUAUAGCGAAUUGGAAAAUUCCAUCUGGGCUGCGUUUGGCCGAUCCCUCGUUUAAUAAGCCUUCGGAUGUAGAUUUGCUGAUCGGCAUUACACACUUCUUUCCGUUAAUGAAACCAGGACAGUAUGUUAUCGAUCACGGUUUAGCAGAACUCCGUGAAAAAGAAUUAGGCUGGGUCGUCUCUGGUGAAGUACACGACAUUUAUGAUCCGGUUAUUAAUUCUCAAUCAGUGAAUGCAGUAUCGAUUGAAUCCCUAAACGAAAUGAUUAAACGAUUUUGGGAAGUGGAAGAGUUGCAAGAUGCCGUAUUGCCUCAAGCAGAGGAACAUCCAUGUAAGAAAAUCUUCCGUAAAACUUAUCGUAGAAAUGAUUCCGGACGCUUCAUAGUAGAUUUACCGCUUCGUGAUAAUGUUGACCUGUUGGACAGGAAUCGAUCGUCAGCCCUCCGCCGCUUCUUUUUCCUCGAGAAACGUUUGCAACAAAAUCCUGAGCACUUUGUACUCCCAAUUUAUUAA